AUGAUGAAGCAAAUCUUCGCACUUCUGUUUGUGGCCAUCGUUUUGUCUCCUUCUUUCUCAACAUCUGUCACAGAGAUGUGUGUCACGCCAGUCUGUCGUUGUUCAUCUGAUCCAAGUUAUAACGUGACGGUCAUUUGCUAUACAGACGACGUAAUGUACGACUUAAACCAUUCCAUAAAGAAGGCAGAGGAAAUUGUCGCUCUGUACGUAAAUAGCUAUGACUCAUUAUUUUACAUUCUUUCUUCUUCUUCUGUUUCCUUCUUCUUUGUUAUAGCUUGAAAUCGUCUUUGAAAAUGUUCCUAAGUACGUCAGUGAGGAACUUGGUGUCCCCACUGAAUUGAAGAGGAAAGAUUCGAGAUACUUUUAUGUCAGUGAUCAUUGCUAAUGCUGAAAAAACUAAAAACUUUCACUCUCCUGCAGCAUUAUCGAGUUAAAUCUGCUCAAUUAUUCGGUUGGGCACUGUGUAACAAGCACAACUUAAUUGUUCUGUGCUGGGUUACCUGAAGCCCAAUUAAAACUAGUCUCUGUUUGGUGGAAUCAAAAAGCAAACUUGAUACUGGUACACGAACAUUCGUCGUCCAAGAACGACGGUGGUACUCAUUGAAAUAUAGAACCAAAAAUAAUAAUAGGAAAAUGCCUAAUGAUGACAUAGUUAUUAAGCUCAAGUAGAAGUAAGGUUUGUUCGAGUCUCCUAACAAACUAUAUCACUUAGACCAAAGGUUAUUCCUUUUUUAGUUCUGUCGUAGAUGAUAACGCUACCAAUAUACCAGAAGGCACAUUUGCCAAGUUCAUCAAUUUAAAAUACCUGUAAGUAUUUUAGUAACUUGUGAUCAAAUAGAACGUUUUGGUUUAUUCAUAUUGUUCUCCCUUGCCUUCAAGCUAAUUUUUAUGUUCAAAGAAUACUCGUUUUCACUUAAAGUUUGUUAAAUCAACGUAUCUGAGGAGCACAGCAACAUGGUCAAACAAUAUGGUGUAAGACAUGGUUUGAUGCAACUCUGGUUUAAAGAUUUAAUAUAUGUAACCGAGAAGUUACAAUUCAUAGAACUAACGUUUCGACACUCCUGUCUAAUGCCCUCAUUAGGGGUGAUCUAAUUGCUGCAACAACGAAGAGGACCUUUUACAUGCUCACUAAUUGGUAGCGUCGAUUAGUGGUAAUAUUAGAUAAAUCACUACUAAUCGACAUUACCAAUGGCACCUUUAUUUGAAAACCUGUCCGCGCUCCUUUACAUCGCGAUGAUGGCGGCUUAUUACCUGAUGCCUAUUUAAACUCGUCCGAAAAAAGGGCAACUAAUCAGUGAGAAUAUAAAAGGACCUCUUCUUGCAGCGAUUAGAUCACCCCUGAAGAAGGCACUAGACAUGAGUAUCGAAACGUUGGGUCUAUGAAUUGUAACUUCUCGAUUACAUUUAUUAAAUCUUUCACCAAAGUAGCAUCAAACCAUGUCUGAUUGUCCGCCUGGUUGCCUUGUGAACUUUAAUGUGGUGAAAGAUUGCCCAUUGUGAAGCUCGAUUGGGUUCAACAGUUUCGUUACCAUUGAUAUUGAAACCUGUCACAUAUAUAUAUUACCAAGUUAAAAACUUAGCUCGAAGUUGUUUCGAGAAGUUAUUUACCUCUAAGUAAGCUUUUUUCGCUAAAAAAGAUGGCCUUGGUAUAUACCUCUGGAUAUAAUUUUGAUUUUGUUCGAAAAACGACAACAACAGCAAAAACCACCAUGGUGAACCUAUUAGGUACAUACAUUAUAUCUAUUUAACUGACAUAAUAUGUUUUUAGCGAUUAUUCAUUGAAGUGGAUAUUUACUAAGCUGUCAAGCAGCAAGGUCAAUAUCCACAAUUUUCACUUACAUCAAGACUGUCGAAUAAUUGUUGUAGUAUAUACCACAUACGUAGAAACCAUAGAAUCAAUGUAGUUUUUUUCAAUUUACCGAAAAAUGAUCGCAAAUUAAACCCUUGACGCGUGAUUCGUCUCUUCAGCUGCUCGAAGAAGAAGUUUGCUUGCUAAUCACCUCCGAAUUAACCCAUGCGCAAAAAGCACAUCUCAAAGAUGUGGUAUAAGUAUUAACGAUCAAUAUUUACAUGGGAUGCCGUGAGAACUGUAAUGCAACCUCGCGACUAAUUACCAAUUUGCUUUUCUCAAAGGGAACUCAAAUUCAAAAACUUGAAAACCUGGAAUGGGAAUAUUUCCCGCGAGCUACCUUCUCUCGAAGCAAUUUCAUUGGUGACUGAAAAUACCUUUGUUCCUCCUUCACACGUUCUCAAAGCGUCAAGCCUUCAGCGCAUCUCUGGUGUUACUUGGAGCAGUGCUUGCAACAACAAGACACUUAUAAAGAACCAAACUCACUCAAACGUGACGCUUUUCAAGAAAGGGGUGUAUGACAUUUACCCAAAGUUACGCUGUCGAGGUUCACGCUACCUUGUCGAAUCAAUAUCUCGCCUAUUUGCUAAGUAUGGAUUUGUAAUUGCUUUCGAUGAAAAAUGCUUCACCUCUGAAGUGACAGUCAUCCCAAUGCAUCGAUGCUGGGAAAGUGCUAAUGAAGCUCUAUAUAUUGAAUACCUGUUAACUCCAUUAAUAAUAAUAUUCAACUUGAUAGUGUUUUUUACAAUGGCUACCACAAAAACACUCAGAAAACUACCUUGUAUGUUAUUAGUUGCAAAUUUGGCCUUGAGUGACUUUUUCCUAGGAGUGUACACCCUUGCUAUCACGUCAUCACGUCACGCUAUGACUUAUCAAGCCUUCGUAAGCGUGAUGAGCUCUUUGUGUCCAGCCAUUGGUUUUGUGUGGGUUGUCGGACAAUUUGCAGCAGCUCUUUCUUCAUUGCUGUUGACUACUGAACGAUACAUAGCAAUUAUCUUCUCCAUGAGACCAAGUAUCUCUGUCACAGCAAAGGUAUGCCUCUAUUGCAUGGCUGCCUCGUGGGUAAUAGCUGUAUUUAUGGCAUCCCUUCCAUUCCUCGGUGUGGGAACAUACACUACGACUACCUUCUGCCUUCCGAUCCAGCCUGCGAAGGGAAUCCCUCAUUCAUUUGCAUACAGCGCCAGUGUCGUCGCAAUUGGAGUUUUGUUGUACAUCAUCACUAUUCCCAUGUAUCUCCAUAUUUUUGUCCAUGUGAGGAACUCUGGAAAUCAAAUGGGUAUAAAGCGAGAUCUAAAACUUGCCAAAAAGAUUUCAAUCCUGGUCACAAGCAAUUUGAUGUUUUUUCUUGUUCCUGUGUUUAUAGGAGUAUUAUGGUUGAUGACUCAAACUUUCAACAAAGUUUCUUUAACGACCAGAGAAAUUUUGGUGGGUUCAUUAACAACUGUUUGUUUUAGCAUCAACUCCUUUUUAAAUCCUCUUCUUUAUGCAUUUAGAGACAGAAGGUUUCGAGUGACAUUAAAGCAUAGAUUACACCGUCUUAUUCAUCCAAACACCACUUUUGUGCAACACGUCAGCGGCCGAUACAAGAUCUAA